AUGUCUGAUCUCACUGCCAAGGUUACCAAGCCCGAAGCCGGCUCCAUGCAGGUGGACGGCUACGAGGCGCUCAAGUACAACUUCCACUACACCUCGCCCGUCUUCGACGUCAAGAACGAGAAGCUCGCCAGCAUCUAUGAACGGUGGCAGCGGGUCUUGAUCAUCAUGGACAAGAUCGUCCACCCCAUCUACAAGGACCAGAUCGAGACCUACUUCAAGCACUACAACAUUGCCAUCACCUGGAAGGUUGUCAACGGGGGCGAGCUCAACAAGACCAUGGACACCAUGCUCGAGAUUGUAGACGCCAUGGACGAGUUCGGGAUCGUCCGUACCGAGCCAACCCUCGUCGUCGGCGGUGGCCUCAUGACCGACGUCACUGGCUACGCUUGCGCGUCGUACCGCCGAAGCUCCAACUUCAUCCGUGUCCCCACCACCCUCAUUGGUCUUAUCGACGCCAGCGUCAGUAUUAAGGUCGGGAUCAACCACCGCAAGCUCAAGAACCGUCUCGGUGCCUACCACGCCCCCCUCCACACCUUCCUCGACUUCUCCUUCCUCAAGACCCUCCCCGUCGGGCAGGUCCGGAACGGUUUCGCCGAGCUCGUCAAGAUUGCCUCGGUCGGUGACAAGGCCGUCUGGGACCUGCUCGUCAAGCACGGCGAGAGGCUCGUUGAGACUGGCUUUGGCUACAAUGGCGGCGAGGAGGUCAGGGAGGCGGGUACCAAGAUCUGCCACCAGGGUAUCGAGACCAUGUUGGAGCUCGAGACCCCCAACUUGCACGAGCUCGGUCUCGACCGUGUGAUCGCUUUCGGCCACACCUGGUCCCCAACCCUCGAGCUCACUCCCCGUAUCCCCCUCCGUCACGGUCACGCCAUCACCAUCGACAUGGCCUACUCCAUCACCCUCGCUCACUCCAGGGGUCUCAUUAACGACGCCCAGCGCGACGAGUGGUUCACCCUCGUCUCCUCGGUUGGUCUUUCGAUGGACCACGAGGACUUUACCGAGGAGCUCAUCGCUGUCGCCACUGAGGCUAUCAAGAAGACCCGUGACGGCAAGCAGCGUUUCGCUGUCCCCGACGGCCAGUUCGGCCAGUGCAAGUUCCUCAACGACGUCCCAAUCUCGGAGCUUCAGUCAGUCCUCCGCACGCACAAGGAGUUUGUCAAGUCCCGCUUUGGCUCGGGCGCCGGCAAGGAGGCGUUUGUCGAUGCUGGGGAUCUCGGAGCGGAGCCAGAGGCGUACGCCAAGGGCGAUGCGACCGACGGCGAGGAGACGGCCGAGUCUCUCAAGAGGAAGAACAUCAAGGGCAACGGCGUCAAGAGCGCCGCGGUCGGGGCUGGGGCUGUGCCAGUCAACGGCUCGGGUCACGUUACCAACGGGAUCGUGGGGACUGCCGAGUGCGGGUGUUAA